AUGGAUAAGAGAGUGUGUGGAAUACUCCUAUCUGUAAGGAACUCGUUUUCCGAUAAAUUAGACAGUAGUGGAAACUAUCAUUUUACUAUGAAUGAAGGAAUUUUUAAAGGGUAUUGUAAUAGUAACGAAUGUGAUAAUAAUCUCAAAAAAAUUAAUGCUGGAUAUUUAUAUUUGCUUGAUGCAUUCUUUGAGGAUAAUUCUGUGUUUAGUUCUGUUGCAAAAAGUAACAUCAAUAUUGUUGAUUACAUUAUGAUAUGGUUAAGCUAUGUGUUAAACCUAAUCAAAAAUGAAUUUAACAACAGUCUACAAUUUUUUUAUGAUACAUAUAUAAAGGGUGAUGAUAAAUAUAAAAAGCCUAUAGCGAAUUUUACAGGAUAUAGUAGUUAUAAGGAACUUAUAGAAAAAAAAAAUUUGAUGAGUAUGAAUAUUAAAGAUAUAUCUAAAUUAUAUAAUGCAUUUACUGAAUUAUGCACGAUGCAUCUUGAAUUUAAUGAAGAGAAGCCAGAUUGCGGUAAAUAUUUAACAAAUGCCAAUAAUUUUGUUGAAAAAUAUAAAAAACUUAAGGCAGAUUCUAGUAUUACUGAAAAUAGUUCAUAUAAUCAACUAUUGUCUACACUAUCAAAGGAUUAUGAUAAUUUUAAAAAUAAAUGUAGUGAUAUUAAUUGUUCCAAUAUUUCAUCCUUUCCAUCGAUAGAAAUAACAAACAAUGCUGUACUCAGUUCUCAACAAUUUUCUGAAGUUACAUCAUCAAGUUCGUCGAUAUCAAAGAACUUAUUUAUAGUUUUAUCGAUAUUUGGGGCAAUAGGAUUUUUUUUAGGAAUUUCUUAUAAGUAUUCGUUAUUUGGAUUUCGGAAACGAUUUCAAAAACAAAAAUUAAGAGAAAAACUAAAAAAUAUAAAGAAGAGAAUGAAUCAUUAA